GUGACGUCACGCGUGAGGAGAGAAAAUGCAGCUCAAGUUCGGGGCAGCUGAUCGAACUGGAGGAGUUUAUGCGUCGAUAACUUUCUGUUCCUUUCCUAACCGCGGUCUCUGCCACUGCGCGGUUCGCGUGUAGUUCACACAAGGUUUGUUUGGACGUCGCCGCGGCGUCAGCGAGUGUUUUCAUCAGCCGCUAACGUUAGCUUUGUUAGCUUAGCCGACUCACCGGCAGGAUUCCCCGGUAGCUUUCCACGCCGGGAUGAGAGAGACGACCACCUGACCCCCGUGGACGUUGUCACCGCGCCGUUAAUGAUUUGUGAAGAAGCCUCCAGAAAGGUCGACACGAACUGACACUGGACGCAAACCGCUGUAGGAAGUUAAAUACAGCUAACACCUGCUAUUAGCAUUGAGGCGAGAUGGCCAGCGGUGCAGCCACGGGCUUCUCCCGUCGGGCUGAUGCGGGGAGCACAGUGGAUCCCGCGUCUGGUCCACGGUCCGAGCCCGACUCAGAAGCCAUGUCGAAUCUAAAGGGCUUAGAACGACUGUGCAGUAGAGACGAAGAGGAGCGAGCUGCGGGGUUGGAGGAGCUCAGCCAGGAGGUCCUGGUCUCUUUGGGUCUGGAGCGACCCAAGUCGGCAAAACUAAGCAAAGAGACCCUUUUGCACCUGCUUCGAUUGGCCCAUUCGUGUCCUUUGCCUGAGGUCCAGUCGAGGGCAACGGAGCUGCUACGGGCUGCACAGGAACAAGGAGUUGAAGUUCCAAGGGCUCUGGCUUCUGGUCCAAGUGCCUUUAUUCCUGCCAAACAGAUUCUUGGAGGACGUGACAAAGACAUCCUUAUCGAAUCCUUUCUCUCUCUGGGUCGGGUGGAUCAUGUCACUAUGGUGAUGGCGCUACAUCCUGCCUACCUCAGCUGCUUUCUGAGGACCCAGCAUGCCUUGCUGGAGCUUGAUGGCCCCUUACCCCGCCACUGGAGACAUUACAUUGUUGUCAUGGCUGCCGCUCGCCAUCACUGCUCGUACCUGGUGCAGCAGCACAGCGCCGGAUUUCUGGAUGCCGGUGGGGAGGAGAGUUGGCUGAGUGGGCUUGAGAAUGCUCCAGCCAAACUUUGCAGCCUGCAAACACUCAACAAGCUGUUGGCACACAGACCCUGGCUUAUCAGACAGCAGCACAUCCAGGAGCUGGUGUGUCCUGGUGCAGAUCCUCGCUGGUCCCUGGCCGAACUCAUUCAUGCUGUGGUGUUGAUGGCACAUGCUCACUCGGUGUGCUCCUUUGUUUGGGGCUGUGGUAUAAACACGGAGCCCGACCACGUCGGAGGUUAUUCCUUCCAGCCUUCGAUCAGCCCCCUGCCUCGCAGCCCCCACAGUCCAGCGCAUGAAGAUGGCAGACAAGAGUUGAACAACGGAGCUGUGGAGGUGGAGGUGCUGAUGAAGAGAAUGGUGGAGUUGCAGCAGCUGGAGGAGGAGUGGACACAGGAAGAAAUGGUCACUCGCUUUGAGAGGGAAAGGAGUGAGAGCAUACCAACAGCGGUGGUGCGGGGCGCUCCACCUGAUUUACUGCUGCGCCUGGUGGAGGAUCCAGAGUUCAGAUACGAGGACUUUGCCCCGAAAGGAGAGCAGUCACCCCCCACCAUGAGGGCGCAGGACUACUCAUGGGAGGACCACGGCUUCUCGCUGGUCAACAGACUCUUGCCAGACAUGGGUCAGCACCUCGAUGAGAAGUUUCAGGUUGUGACAAACUUGACCUACCACCGGAUGGCAAUGCACUACUGUGAAGACACUCAGACUUUAAGGAAAGCACUGUGGAACUACAUCCACUGUCUUUACGGGAUACGGUAUGACGACUAUGACUACGGAACUGUCAACGAAUUGCUAGAGCGCUCUCUGAAGGUGUAUGUGAAAACCGUAGCCUGUCAUCCAGAACAGACCACUGCCCGCAUCUAUCAUGACUUCUGGAAACACUUCAGACACUCCGAAAAGGUUCAUGCUAAUCUCAUAGUCAUGGAGGCUCGGCUUCAAGCAGCGCUUCUCUACACACUACGUGCGAUAACUCAUUACAUGCGAUGAUGCACAUAACAUUUUUGCAGAAGCUGAGCCAGCUGUGUGGCACCACACCCAGUCAGUGUUAAUGUUCUGAUGCUGCUUCGCAAAAGAUAUCUGUUUGCAACUCGUUCAACUUUUGCACUGAAUUUUUGUCAGGUUUUGUUGUUUUGAAUGUCUCAUUGUCGCACAUAUCCAGUGGUUUGAGUGAUGCAGACCUCUGAUCCAGCACGCCUGCGCUCUUCUGCGUUUGUCCUUGAUCAUACUCACCAUAAUCCUGUCUGCUGAAAUGAAUCUAGGAAUCAAAAAAAGGUUGUAUUUUUAUAGUCAAUAAAGAUUGUAUUUAAAGAUAAA